AUGGUUGGUUCUGUUAAAGAGUCUGGCUAUGGGCUGCCUAUAAUGAAUUUAUAAUCUAGUUUAUAGUCUAUUUUAUAAUCUAGACAAUUAGAAAAGACUGCAGCCUCAGAAGGAGCUCUAUGAUAUGCACCAAAUGAGUGGUGCUAACUGGUUCAGCCCAAUAGCCUACUGUUGAUCAGGGCAACGGACUGGACCCUUUUAUCAUUUGAUAAGCCUGAUAGGACAUCGAAGCAUGUGUAUAACAUUCUUCCUUCAGGCAGAAAGAGUGUAAGAUCCCAUGAGAAGGGAUGAGGAAGUAUGUGCUUCCAGGAAAAGGAAAUGUGGAAUUGAGGGAUAUUAAAACAGUUCAUUUCUCCUAUCAACAAAUCUCAAAGAGCAUCUAUCUAUCUUGUACCUACUUGCCUCUGAGCUAAGGACUCAGGGAUAGAAAGAUAAGACAUUUCCUGAUGUUGAAGGAUAUAAUUUUCUGCUCCCUCCCCACGAAAAAAACCCCCACCUUACUUGGUGGUGAUGGUAAAGAGAAGGAAGCCUGAUAGAGCCCACCGGCAUCUGUUGAAUGCCUCAAUAGCAUGCUCGUCUGCUUGCCCAUCUGCAUGGUCAUUUCCUUUAGUCCUGAUUUCCCAGCUGAGUUACCUUAUAUCCUUAUACCUAAAACAUGGGGGAGAUUGCCUGAGGCAAGUAGGGUUUCUGAUGUUGAGUGGGUUUCCUUGCGGCUGUAACUGCAGUCUUAACCCAUCAGCCCACCACUCUCCCUGACUCAGAACAGUAGCCUCCUUGCACGGGGCACUCCGUCCCGACCCCAGGGCCUGGUUUUGCAGACCCUCUAUAAUUCGGACCUGUCCUUUCCAACCAUUUCCCUCUUCCUCCCCGAGGAGGCCAGUCCCUCCAUCAGUCCAGGCUCCCCACAGCUCAUCUCCCUUCCCAUUCUCUCCGGAGUCUUCCUCUCGCGCCUCCUGUAAUCGCCUCUCCAGCCACCGCCCCCAAAUUCCCCAGCCCUGUGGGUUGAUGGCACACAGCUGGGCACCGAGGUGCGGAAAUAGCGGCUCCCUCGACAGUUGUCUCACGCGUUCCCAACGACGUCUAAUCAGGUUGGUGGGCGCAGGGCCGAGCCUGGUUUUCGGGGCUGGGCGAGCCCAGGAGGCGCCCCGAGAACCUGCGGGUGGAGAACGCAGCCAUGUCCGACUUCCACGUGCAUCCUCAGGCCACCGUGGGAGAGGAGGGCGGUGUGGCCCGCUUCCAGUGCCAAAUCCACGGGCUGCCCAAACCCCUAAUCACGUGGGAGAAGAACAGAGUCCCCAUUGACACGGACAAUGAGAGGUACACAUUGCUGCCCAAGGGGGUCCUGCAGAUCACAGGACUUCGGGCUGAGGACAGUGGUGUCUUCCAUUGCGUAGCCUCGAACAUUGCCAGUGUCCGGGUCAGCCACGGGGCCAGGCUCACCGUGUCAGGCUCAGGCUCCGGGGCCUACAAGGAGCCAAUGAUACUCGUGGGGCCUGAGAACCUCACCCUGACAGUGCACCAGACUGCGGUGCUUGAGUGUGUCGCCACGGGCAACCCGCGCCCCAUUGUGUCCUGGAGCCGCCUGGAUGGCCGCCCCAUUGGGGUGGAGGGCAUCCAGGUGCUGGGCACUGGCAAUCUUAUCAUCUCAGAUGUGACUGUCCAGCACUCCGGCGUCUAUGUCUGUGCAGCCAACAGGCCAGGCACCCGGGUGAGGAGAACAGCACAAGGCCGGCUGGUGGUGCAAGCCCCAGCUGAGUUUGUCCAGCACCCCCAGUCCAUCUCCAGGCCAGCUGGGACCACAGCCAUGUUCACCUGCCAAGCCCAGGGUGAGCCGCCCCCUCAUGUCACAUGGUUGAAGAAUGGACAGGUGCUGGGGCCAGGAGGCCACGUCAGACUCAAGAAUAACAACAGCACCCUGACAAUUUCUGGAAUCGGCCCUGAGGAUGAGGCCAUCUACCAGUGUGUGGCUGAGAACAGUGCUGGCUCCUCACAGGCCAGUGCCAGGCUGACCGUGUUAUGGGCUGAGGGGCUGCCUGGCCCCCCCCUCAAUGUGCAGGCAGUCUCUCUGUCACCCACUGAGGUCCGUGUGUCCUGGAAUGAGCCCCUGGUCAACACCAAGGAGAUUAUCGGCUAUGUCCUGCACAUCAGGAAGGCUGCUGACCCUCCGGAGCUGGAGUACCAGGAGGCAGUCAGCAAGAACACCUUUCAGCACCUGGUGAGCGACCUUGAACCCUCCACUGCCUACAGCUUCUACAUCAAGGCCUAUACCCCAAGGGGGGCCAGCUCAGCCUCUGCCCCCGUGCUGGCCAGCACCCUGGGUGAAGCACCUGCCCCACCCCCGUUGUCCGUGCGGGUCCUGGGCGGCUCCUCCCUGCAGCUGCUGUGGGAGCCCUGGCCCCGGCUGGCCCAGCAUGAGGGAGGCUUCAAGCUGUUUUACCGUCCAGCAAGCAGGGCCUCCUUCACCGGCCCCGUCCUGCUGCCUGCAACAGUCUCCUCCUACAACCUCAGCCAACUCGACCCCACCACGGUGUACGAGGUGAAGCUGCUGGCCUACAACCAGCAUGGGGAGGGCAAUGCCACAGUCCGCUUCGUAUCUUUGAGAGGAGCAUCUGAGAGGACAGCCCUGAGCCCACCAUGUGACUGCCGGAAGGAGGAACCCACCAACCAAACGUCCACUACAGGCAUCGUCAUUGGCAUCCACAUCGGGGUCACCUGCAUCAUCUUCUGUGUCCUCUUCCUCCUGUUCGGUCAAAGGGGCAGGGUCCUCUUGUGUAAGGAUGUAGAAAACCAGCUCUCCCCUCCUCAGGGCCCCCGGAGCCCAAGGGAUCCUAGCAUCCUGGCACUGAAUGGGGCAGGACGGGGAGAGCGGGGCCGAGACAAGAAGCGUGUGGACAUGAAAGAACUGGAACAGCUGUUCCCCCCAGCUGGGGCAGCGGGGCAGCCGGACCCCAGACCCAUGCAGGAUCCUGGGGACCCUGCCCUGUGUGAGGAGACCCAGUUCUCCAUGCUGCCACUUGAGGGAUUCAGCCUUCUGGAGGAGAGAACAUCAGAAGCCAAGGCCCCCUUCGUAGGCCCCGCAGCUGCCCUGCCACCCCAGGACGGAGGCCCCGGGUUCCUCAGUGAAGGACAGGCUACUCUGGCCUCCACAGCACCAGCUGCCCAGCCAGCUCACUCAGGCCAGUAGCCAGUGUCUGGCAGGCUUCGGAGGGGGCAACCCCCCAUUCUCAGGUCAAAGGCAAGAUUUCUCCUGUCAUGUGGGACUUGGAUGGGGGCUUCCCAGCAUUUCUGUCCUGACUGCCCCUCAGGUUGUCAAGACCUAAAGUAGCCUCAGCAGGGACCUCCCUCCCUAGAACCUGGAGGGGUUCCUCCAGGAGCCCCUCCCUUGGACUAAUGUCCCCCCUCACCUCUGCCUGGUACCCACAUGACUUGGAACUGAACUAAUGUUUUCCUUUAAAAAAAAAAAAAGAAAAGAGAGGGGAAGGUGAAUUAGACUCCAAAAAUACGCCCCUGCUGUGGCUGGGCCCCUGACACUGUCACCCUCCACUGACCUUGUUUUCUCAGGAUGGAUUUUUGCUGUUUGGCUCUCAGCACCUACCUCAGCCGGAAUGAAUGUUCUUGGGGGAGUUGGGCCGUGGCCUCAGCCCCCAUCCCCAAACAGAGCCCCAAAUGCACUCCUACCUCAAGCCCCUGUAGGGGCACCCCCCUCUCCCUUCCCAUAUUGUUGUCAAGAGUUAAAAAAAAAAAAAAAAAAAAAAAAAAAAAAAGCACUUCCCCAUUUCCAGGUGUGAAAGAAAACAUCUACCUCAAGGCUCGCUGGCUCUCCGGGCCUGGUUGUUAUCACUGGACCCUCCUCCUGCCCGCAGCCCUUCUCUGGCCCCAGAGAGGAGGCCAGAGGCUAAGUCACCAAGGGCAGGCCUCUCAGGAACUACAGAAAUAAAAAUGGAAUUGGUCAAAGAAAAUGUGAAAAAAAAAACAAAAAGCCAAAAAUGAGAGGAAAAUUUGUUCCUUAAAGUAUAAAUUGCUCCAAACCAGCCACCUCCCAGCCUGCUGCCGUUGCUCCUCCUUGUCCGUCUGUCCACUCCCGUUCCUACCCCCUCAAGCCAACUGAUCCUUGACUUGGAUCCCCACGACCCUCUCUCGGCCUGAGUGGGGGGUGGGGGGAUGGGUAUCACCCUGUGGCCUGCCUCCUAUUCUGCCCAGAGACACGGAGCCCCUGGAGCGGACUGGGCGUGUGACAGGUGUGUGCGCGUGUUGGACAGGGAGCUUUCCCUGGCACAGAUGCCCAGUGCUCUAUCCCAUGGGACACGGCCUGUUUGACCCAACCCCCGGACAGUGGAACGACCACUGUCAGCAGAUGUGGCUGGAAGAUAUUUUUAUACAAGGUGUGUUUAAAGAUUUAUGUUCUUGUGACUUCUUGUUUUUCCUUUCUGUUGUGUUGUUUUUCAAUAUACUUAAAGUAGGAGAAAAAAAAAAAACAAGGAAACAAAUACCUAUUUUUGGUUAAUUCAUUUUUUUAAAUAGAAGUAAAACUUUUUUUUAAAGGAAAAAAAAAAAAGAUAAGUGUAUUCCUUAAGUAUGAGAUUAGACCAUAAAGUCCCUGACCCCCAACCCUAAAGUUUAGUUAACUAGCUGAAGAAGGUAGAAUUUGUGGUGUUUUCCUAGGAGACUGGAGUCAUGUCCACGUGGACUCGGGAAAGGGCAGCCUGCCCCUUCUCCUGAAUGCUGGGCCUGUGCCGACGGCCCCUCAAAACUCCCACUCUGUCCCUGCAUUGGCCUCUCUGCACCCCCCUUCAUCCUGGAACCCCCUCUCCCAUGGGAAGAGCGGUCUGGGGUAGGAGGGGGAUGGGAAGCCCGCUGGCCUGACUUGACCUGACUUUUGUCACACUCUACUCAUUCUGACUGAAUAAAAGUCCUGUUGCCAAAGUGAA